GCGAUCUCCUCCGUCUUCGACACCCUCACAGCCUCCUAUCCCACAUUCUAUUAAUCAUGUUCGCUCGCUUCUCCACCCUCUCUGCGCUCUCCGUUCUCGCCAUCGCCACCAUGGUCGCCGCCGGACCGUCGGGCUGGCACAAGCCGGAGGAGGUCGUCCCGAAGCACGACUACAAGCCUGAGUACCAGCCCGAGUACCAGCCCGAGUACAAGAGCGAGUCCAAGAACUCCCUUUCGGCGCAGUGCAAUACCGGAUCUGUCCAAUGUUGCGACACGGUCGAAGACGCUUCCUCUGACAAUGCAGCAAAGGCUCUCGGUCUCCUCGGCCUCGUUGUUCAAGGCGCGAACGUCCCCAUCGGUCUCAACUGCGACUCCAUCGACGUCUUGAUCGGAGUCGGCGCCGGCUCCAACUGCGCUUCGCAGCCCGUCUGCUGCGACAAGACCGAAUCGGGUCUCGGCGUCGGCUGCCUGCCCAUCAACCUCGCUGCCUGAGCGCGAUCCCGAGUCUGGAGGAGGGAAGCUGAGGAGGACUGUUUCGCACACACUAUUUCUAUACACCACCCUUUUAUUUUUUUCCUUCGUAUAGUGGCUGGGGGUCGCUGGCAUUGUGAAUGCAUAUUCGCCGUGUUCGGCUGGUUUUCUCUGCAA